UCUCCUAGUUACCGCCCACAAAGCUCAGCCAGGUGACAGCUCAGCCAGCAGGGACGCAACACGGCUGCACUCAGUACGCAACAUAACAGACAACGUUAACGACGUCUGUCAGCGCCAAAUCAAAGUGGAGUACAGACAGACUUACUCAGUUAUUGCGUUUACUUUCUGUUUUACAUGUACGUGAUUUGAAAUCCUCUCUUCCGCUCGUUGUAGCAGAGUAUCCUGCUAGCAGCGCGAGGUUAUCGUUAACGUAAGCUUCUGACGUUACUACCAGAAAAGACUCAACGGUUGUUGUGUUUCUGAGCAGGUAGCGUUAGACAGCCGUCGUCAACAUGUCAGAUCCGGCCGGGGAGGCGAAGCUGGAGGUGAAACAGGCGAGCAAAGAGGUGAAGGAGAGCGAAAACGUUGCGGAAAAAUAUUCUGCCAUGACCGUAAGCAAGAACAGCGAAAUGAACAUGGGAGAGCUGUCGUCCGCCUUCAGUGCGGUGCCCACUCACAAACCAGUUAAAAAGCAAAUCCAGUUUGUGGAGGACAAGCAGGAGUUCAGCAGGUUCCCCACCAAGGCAGGCCGUCGCUCCCUGUCCCGCUCCAUCUCUCAGUCAUCCACAGACAGCUACAGCUCCGCUGCAUCCUAUACGGAUAGCUCUGACGAUGAGACCUCACCACGGGACAAAACCUCAGUCAACUCCAAGGGCAGCAGUGACUUCUGUGUCAAGAACAUCAAACAGGCUGAAUUUGGCAGGCGUGAGAUUGAGAUCGCAGAACAAGAUAUGUCAGCGCUGAUCUCUCUCAGGAAGAGAGCACAGAGUGAGAAACCAUUGGCAGGUGCCAAAAUUGUGGGCUGCACUCACAUCACUGCCCAGACUGCAGUGCUGAUCGAGACUCUGGUGGCUCUUGGGGCUCAGUGCCGCUGGACUGCAUGUAACAUAUACUCUACACAGAAUGAAGUGGCUGCUGCUCUGUCCGAGACCGGUGUGGCUGUGUUUGCCUGGAAAGGGGAGUCUGAGGAUGAUUUCUGGUGGUGUAUCGACCGCUGUGUCAACAGUGAGGGUUGGCAGCCAAAUAUGAUCCUUGAUGAUGGAGGAGACUUGACACACUGGAUGUACAAGAAAUACCCCAAUGUAUUCAAGAAGAUCAGGGGCAUUGUAGAGGAGAGUGUAACUGGUGUUCACAGGUUGUAUCAGCUGUCUAAAGCUGGAAAAUUGUGCGUACCUGCUAUGAAUGUAAAUGACUCUGUGACGAAGCAGAAGUUUGACAACCUGUACUGCUGCAGAGAGUCGAUCCUGGACGGCUUGAAGAGAACCACAGAUGUCAUGUUCGGAGGCAAACAGGUGGUCGUAUGUGGGUACGGCGAGGUUGGAAAAGGUUGUUGUGCUGCUCUGAAAGCUCUGGGAGCCAUCGUCAAUGUUACAGAGAUUGAUCCCAUCUGUGCCCUGCAGGCCUGCAUGGAUGGAUUCAGGAUGGUCAAGCUGAAUGAGGUCAUUCGCCAGGUUGAUGUCAUCAUCACAUGCACCGGGAACAAGAAUGUGGUGACCAGAGACCAGCUGGACCGAAUGAAAAAUGGCUCUAUUGUCUGCAACAUGGGCCACUCCAAUACUGAGAUUGAUGUGGCAAGCCUUCGGACCCCUGAGCUGACCUGGGAGAGAGUGCGCUCUCAGGUGGAUCACGUCAUUUGGCCUGAUGGCAAGAGGGUUAUCCUUCUGGCUGAGGGACGUCUCCUUAACCUCAGCUGCUCCACUGUCCCUACCUUCGUCUUGUCCAUCACAGCCACCACUCAGGCCCUGGCCCUUAUAGAGUUGUACAAUGCUCCUGAGGGACGAUACAAGCAGGAUGUUUACUUGCUUCCCAAGAAGAUGGAUGAAUAUGUCGCCAGUCUGCAUCUGGCCACUUUUGAUGCCCACCUGACAGAGCUUUCUGAUGAGCAGGCCAAAUACCUGGGCCUGAAUAAGAACGGUCCUUUUAAACCCAAUUACUACAGGUAUUAGUCUGCAGGGAGAACCACACCUCAGCACACCUAAAUGUGGACAUUACCCAACAUCACCCAUCCCUAAGAUAAAAGAAAGAUUUAAGUAUAUUGUAUUUUUUACUCUUCACAGGAUGCACAGCUUAUAUUUAGUUGUAUUUUACUGACCACAGCAAGUUUAUCUUCUCUUGCUGCUUCCUACACAACUGCACAGGGCACCCAGCUGACUAUGAAAAGUCAGUGAGAUUUUUAUUUUCUGGUGUUUCUGUUUCCAUACCUGCUGGCUCCUAGGUUAUUUUAGCGUUCUGAUAUAUAUUGAAUAAAGUAUCAAUAUAUUGUGCCAAAUGACUGUGACGGGGAAGGGUUACAGCUGUUGUUAAAUGUUAACGGUUCGUUGUGAAAUCAGUUAAACCUUCACUAAGCGAUACCUUUGAUAGAAACAUUUGAUCAAAUUCCUCCAUAUAAUGCUAAAGGGUCAAUUCCAAACCCACAAAACUCUGAAGCUCACUGAGCCUUUUAGCCACUGUUAGCUCCUUGUUUUGGCUCUCUCACCAACCUCGUAUUAAAUCGAAACGACAGAGAGCCGAUGUAAACUACUGGCUUGUGAAUGAAGCUCCAGAUGUUUUUCUCAGGAGUAGGUGGACCAAAUCAGAGCUAAAAGGCCAGUGAAUGUUGGACUUCAAUUUAUCAGGUGGCCAGAAAUGUGACUCCAAUAAGAUGUUGCUGUGUGUCUGCUGGAUGUUUAAGUAGGCAAUUGUUUGCUUACAAAUAAGCCAUCAACUUCUGAUUGUAAUUAAUCUGAUUAUAAAUCAGGGCCAUGUUUCUGUGAGUUUGUUUUGGAGUCUUUCUGCCCCCUAGUGGUUAGAAAUUGCUUGAUGCAACUUUAACGUUUUCUUUCUGCUUUAAUAUGGCAGCACUUACUUAAUACAUUCCAUCCACAAGAUACAGAAGAAAUAUUCUCUGUAGUAUAUCAUCCACAUUACUGUUAACCUUCAGCAGACCUCGGCAACAAAAGGAACUUCAGUACUUUUUGACUAUAGCAAACGUAAGAAGGGAGCUUGGCAUUUAUUUUCUUGAAAAGAUAAGUCCAUUUAUGAGGUUUUGGUGUCUGGUAAGAAUACUAUCUGCACCUCAGGGCAUUCAAAUAUCUCAAAUUAUUUAUAAAUAUAUUUCGACCAGAUCAGCACACUCUGACCUUAGUAUCCGUGUCUAGUCUCACUGUCAUUCUCAUGAAGUUAUGAUUUACAGUAGGACUGUAAAAUACAUUUAGAGAUUUUGAUACUCUGUGAUCAAAAUCAUGUGCAAGUCAUUGCAGCGAUGUAUGUUCUGUAUAAAGCUAACACAAUCCACAGACUACAUGUUGCACAGUGUUAUAUACAGUAUGUUUAUGCUGUAUAUGCAACAGCCUCUGAUCAGCUGAUCUCAUAAUGGUAUUGAGUUUAUUGUUAGAUUUGUCAUAGGACUCUGAUCUUGAGUCUGUUUUUCUAUUGAAUAUUUUAACAAAAGAAAAGUAAACGUAAAUAUCCAAAUGCUCUGGACCUAAACAUGAAUAAGCUUUGUUGUCAGCAUAUUUACAUAGACAGAUGUGUUAGCUUUACCUUCUGUGAUAUCUUGUGGUAUUAUAGCUUUUCUAAUAACACAAUGUUUUGCUUUGUUUCCUGACGGUUUUUAUUGUUUAAAAUGUUAAAUGCUUGUUAAAUCCACAGACCUAUUAUUCCACUUCUCUAUAUUCACUUGUAAUAUUAUUUAAAUUAGUGGCCAUACCGGAUGACUACGUUCAGUGAUUCUUUUUUUAAUUCAGACUGUAUAGUGUGCAGUGUGUAGUAGUUGUGUCUUGCUGAAUUUAUAGCUUUUCAACACAUUUCACCAUGCUGUGUUUCACACUGGUUGUCUGACCUUACUCCAAACUGUAGACAGUAUUACUGUCCCUGCCAAGGGUUCGGCACCUUGUUACAUUGUUAAGGUGUUGCGACACCCUUCACAAAACUUAAACUUCAUCUGCAGAGUUACUGGUAAUUCCUGUGUGUUUCAGUUAUUUUUAAUGAGUUGAUUUUUGUCACUUACUACUGCUGUUUAAUUCUAUAGUAGCCUAUAGUAUGCUACUAUGAAGUGCUUUCAUCUUUGCACUAGCAGCUUUAAGGGCAUUAGAGGAAAUAAUAUUCAGUGAGGACAUCAUUGUCAGCAAGAUGAGUACUGUAACCAUGACUACUGGUCAGUUGACAGUGCCUUGUGACUCACUUAUUAAUUUAUAUUCACAUGUACAACUGUGGUUUUCUCCAAGUAUGGUAAUGCCCAACAUGGUUGUUAUUCUGCAAUAUACAGUGAUAGCUAUGCAGCAAAACAUACUCAGUAUUUUACUUCUUGUUGUUAAAUCAGUGUUUUACUAAGAUGACUAACAGUUUUAGACAUUAGUAGGCAGCAUUUUUCAUUCUGUUGUACUUAUUUACUUUUUACAUAUAUUCUAAUGUAUACGUUUCAUCCCAGUUUUAUUUCUUGUAACAAUCAGAAAUUUAAAUUACUUACAGUGGUCUUUUCAUAAUAGUUCUUGAAAAAUGCUUUUUUAUUAUGCAUUCCUUUUGUUUGAACUACUAAUACAACAGUCAUUUUACCCUAGUUUUAUCUCUAUUAUAGAGACAAAUGAAUGUGUUAUUACUGGAGCAAACAGCUCGACUCUUGUCAAAUUCAAAUAAAUAUGCAUACCACUGUGAUUUGACAGUUGUAGACUGUUGCAGUUUUUUUUAAGUUUUUGAUGCGGAGAUGAAGUUCUGUAAAUUAUAUAUUAGCUAUAAAGUAGACCUUUAUUUUCAGCACUGUGUUGUUUAGUUUCAAUAACACAAUUUCAGCUGUUUCUUUGCACAAUUCCCUUUAAUAAACUGCUGUUUGGAAAAAAAAA